AUGCCCGCUCUAGUUUCGUUGGCGCGAUCAAAUGCAGAUGCCGCCCCUUCCACGCCCUUGCAGCAGACUAACAUCCAUGGCGCGCCCCUGGGGGAUUCGGUGGAGGUGGAAGUGGUAGAUAAGCGUUCAAGAAAAGGGAGUGAGAGAGUAGCGGACCAUCUGCAAGUAACAGAGGAGGGCAAAGGCAAGGUGGAAGAGGGGGCGAAGCUGGCAAUGGGGGAUCCGUUGGAGCAGAGAGGUUUGGAAAAGAAUGAGGGUGCUGCAGAAAACUAUGGAGUGGACGUGCAGACAGAGGGGAAGGAAGUCAAAAACGGAGCGGAUCUAGAGAAACAAGUCGAGAUUUCAGAUGGCAAGGUGGCAGCGAGGGUGGAUGAGCCUGAAACAGAGGAGAAGCGGGCAGAGUUGGCCCCUGAACUGGAAAAAAUGGAAGCGGAAGAGAAGCGUUUGGCAGAGGAAGAAGAGAAGGAGAGGGGGCGGGCUGAGGAGCAGAAAAGGGUUCUGGAGUCGAAGAGGGCGCAGAUAGCUGCUGCACGACUCAGUCUGAAGCAGGGACAGAUUCCGGAAGAGCAGGGUGGUGACAAAUCGGUUGUGGGAACCUCGGGUGGUGACGAGCUUCGUCAAAAGUCUGAACACUCAGAUGGGGAUCUACGGACGAAAAGGCAUAGAGAUGUGCUGGGGGAACAGAGCGGUUCGCAAACGGGGGGAGAUGAAGCGGCCGCAAGCGAAGGGGAUGGGACCGAGGGAGGGGGAAAGAAGCGGAAGGUUCGUGUUGAACCAGACAAUCUUGGGAAGGUGUGGGGAGUAGAUGAUCGAUUCAAGGCAGGAGGGUUUCUCAGGCGGAAGAAGGGAACAGUGGCAGCAAACUUCGGUGCCGUAAUGAAGAAAACCAACGAGCGUCUGGCAAAGGGAGCAGAUUGGCAGACUGGACUCUGCGAAGGAAUUGGACUGGCAAUGCUGAUUGGCUGCACAGGUGUGGAGCCGGCGCCUGACGAUGUCCCACCAGCCGUGUAUGCUGCUGGAGUAGCAUCUGCACUCUACACGUUAUGGGGAGCGUCGAUUGGUCAACCUCUGGACGAUGUCAAAACAGGCGCCAUAUCUGUCGCGGGCGUCACCGUCAACGACAAGGAGUUGCCCGAGAGUGCGGCAGAAGCUGCACGAUGCGGCGUGGUUGCAUUGCAACAAGUCGCGGACAAACAUCUCGUAAAGAAGGAAUGGCCCUCCGUUUUGGAGGGCAAAAUUGUCGAGAUCCAGAACGUGGUUGAAGUGACCAAUCUCGCCAGGGUGGUAGCCAGGGUGAUGGUCUACUGGUGUGAAUGUAGCUUCGCUGCGGGGGGACUGGCUCGCCACCAAGGGGCAGCCCUUUCCAUUGUGCCGACGCGACGUGGGCGACGUGGGCAGAAGGGGGAGAAGGGGGAGAAGGGGGAGAAGGAGGAGAAGGAGGAUGAGUGA